UUAACGGUGGGAGGAGCGGAACCGAGCUUGCUUCCCACCUCUGGUUGAGCGUGUCUGCAGCUGCUGGCGGCCUGGUGGACUCGCGGGGGACGUCCAGGGCAGCCUUUAUGAGCUUCGCAUAUCUUUAUUGUUUUGGAAACGAGAGGAACUUAGUAAUACAAGUUUCUCUCGCGCGGUGACAUUUUCGGCGUUCCCACAGUACCUGGUUCCUCACAUUGCUGCUUUAGGAACAGAGUUCAUUUGGAAACUUGAAGGCAGAAUGGCUUCCUUUGGAUGGAAGAGAAGAAUUGGGGAGAAGGUCUCAAAGGUCACUUCACAGCAGUUUGAAGCUGAAGCUGCUGAUGAGAAGGAUGUAGUUGAGAAUGAAGAAGGGAACUGGCUUCAUGCAGUUAAACGCAGGAAAGAAAGUCUCCUCGAGGGCUGUGUUGAGAAAAGUAAGCAGCUGAAGGAUGAAGGAGCCAGUUUGGUUGAAAAUAAAAGGUAUCGAGAGGCGAUUCAAAAAUGGGACGAAGCACUGCAGUUAACCCCAGAUGAUGCUACCCUGUACGAGAUGAAAUCACAGGUCCUAAUGUCUCUUCAUGAAAUGUUCCCUGCAGUACAUGCAGCUGAAAUGGCCGUGCAGAGAAACCCACAUUCAUGGGAGUCUUGGCAAACUUUGGGACGUGCUCAGCUUGGAUUAGGAGAGAUAGUCCUGGCAAUUCGAAGUUUUCAGGUAGCCCUUCACAUCUAUCCAAUGAACCCUGAAAUAUGGAAAGAAGACCUUUCUUGGGCAAGAACCCUCCAGGAGCAGCAGAAGGUAGCACAGAAGAUUAAGAAGUGUGACGCGUCAGCGGAAAUGACACAUUUCUCACCAAAGUCAAUCCCCGACUAUGACUUUGAAAGUGAUGAGAUUGUUGCUGUUUGUGCAGCAAUUGCGGAGAAACAGAAGACAGUUUCAGCAAAUAAGACAAUGGUUAUUGUUUCGGCCUCUGGGACUGUAGAGACGGUCACUGAGAAGGAAGAUGGUGCUACACCACCAGAUGGCUCUGUUUUUAUCAAAGCCCGAUAAAGUAGCAGGAACCCUUGGAAUCUGGCUUUUUGAUUGCUCUUAAAGUUUGAGGCCUAGGGACAUCUACUGUGGAGAGACAGAAUAAAACUCCUGUUUGUAAAAUGAGUUUUGCAGAUGAGGCAUAUAAAAACUAAAUGGUAGAAUUAUUGUAUAGUGUUUGGGCUGUGCUUUGAUAAGUUACGAUUUAAACUUCUUAAGAUUAGAAUUGUGAGUACAGUGGGGUUUGAUUAAUAAACUUAAAAAAAUAAUCCAAAAAUGUAAGUGAAUGCGUUUUAAAGACACAACUUGAAAAGUGAAUUCUCUAAUAGUGAAUAACUUGAUGGCCAGUGUUAUUAAAAUGUAGACUCGUUGGCUUUUGUUUCACGAUAAAGGAAGUUGGUGAUUUCUUUCCCUCCUAAUACUCCUGUUACUAUUCACUCUUCUGUUUUUCUGGUUGCAUUAGAGGAAGUCUCCCAAAGGUCAAAUAUUUUUUGACAUUUAUUUUGAUUCAAAGUUGUCAUUUGGUUAUUUUUGGAAUCUUUGAAAGUUUGGCUGAAAAUGCAUGCAAAUGUGUACAUUCUAAACAUUUUCUGGACUUUCUCUUCAUUCUGAUUUGUGCUUAUAUUUUGACUUCAAAAUUAUUACAACAAUGGUAGUUGCCUUCUUCAGUAUUAGAUAUGUGAAAUACUGAUCAAUGUCACAAUGAUGGUUUUAUUGUUUUAGUUGUAGAAGUAGAGUAUUCCUUACCACAAGGGAGUCAUGUUUAAGAUGUGCAUUUUUGAAAAAUGCUUUUAUAGAUGUGUCAUAUCAAAUUGUACUGCUGCACUGGCCCAGUCAAAAGUCGUAUUUUCUUCUCCUUAUUUUUAAAAGCUUAAAAACUCUGAAAAAAACUUACCUUUUGCUUUUAACGUUCCAGCUGACGGUUUGGAAUUCUUCUUCUGGAUAACUUUUUUGGAACUACUCAAUUAAAUUACAAUUUUAAAUAGCUAAAUUAUGUCUUUCUAAAAAAUUAGGGAUGUUUAUGAGUGUCAGUGAAUGUAUAUAUCUUGGGCAUGGCAUACAUAGGAACUGAAACAUGACUUAACAGUACAAUCCCAUGAGUAGAGAAGAAUAUAUUUAAAGAAAUAUUUCGUUGAAAGGCCACGAUCGCAUUCACAAAUCAAUACUGUCAUUGCUAAUAUGAGUUAUUUUUAUACUACAUAUAUUAUAGUACAAUUAUAUAGAACUACUGGGUCCUGUUACUUCUGACACUCAGGAAGCUAUUUUUGCUGUAAAAUUAAUUUUUUCCUUGUCAGAGAUGAAAGUAAGCUGUUUUAAAGAAUCUUACCUUAACCUGUUGGAGCAUGUAAGUAAUGGUCUACAUUUUUCUGAGAUGAUUUAAAAAAAUGUUUCCUUUAGUGGAAUGCUUACCUCUUUUUUUUUUUUUCAGAGUGUUCUAUUUUCCCUCAAAGUUACAUCAGAAGGUUAGCUGUGGUUAGGUUAGUUUUAGAGUAAUUGAAAAACACAAAUAUUAGUUACAUUUUAUUUUGUUUAAUAAAGGAUAUUCUCACAGGGUAGAUACUUGAGUAUAUACAGAAGUGAGCAUUCACCAUUUGGUAUGUGGUUUUGAGUAGUGGGUUUUUGUUUAUCGUGUAAUUUGUGAAUAAAUAGUUUUUUUCUGCACUUUAAA